AAGCCGCUUUUAUUGAGCUGUUGUGGAUCGAAGCUGCCAGACAGUCUUUGAGCGAUGGCACUAGCUAUGCGAGGAAUCCUCGCUCUGUGCUUGUGUGGGCACACGCUGGCGCAGGAGUUGGCGUUGGGUGUUUAUGGCCCAGUGACGACUCGAUCGCAGCUGUACCUGGCGAUGGUGGCAAGCUUCGAUCUCGAUCUCCGCAACAAUUUGAAUGAGGCCGCCAUUAGAUCCAGAUUUGGUGAUCCCGUGAUUGCAAUCCCCAAUCCGCACGCCCAAUUGGCAAAUGUCAAGGUUCGGAUUGGCAACAGUGCGGGGACGCCGGAAACCGGCGUUGCAACCGCAUUGGACUUCAUGCUUGGACUAGACGGUGAGACACCAAUUGUCGGUCUGGUUGGCGGAGUUUUCUCAUCCAUUUCGAUGCCGAUCGCCAGUGUGGCGGCUGUCCAGAAGGUGACGCAGAUCUCCUAUGGAUCUACAAGCCCUGCGCUGUCCAACAAGGAUACAUAUCCGUACUUCUUGCGUACGGUUCCUCCUGACAGUAUCCAAGGGCAAGCAUUUUGGAACUGGAUCGUUACUUUCGAGGUACCAUUGGCUGUGUGCAUGUAUGCGGUGGAGCCAUACGGUCAAGGCCUCUUCCUUGCCAUUGAAGAACAGUCAAAGCUGGCUGGUGAGGAAGGACGCCUGAAGGGUGUGAGCGUGCGCUACAUGCCAACUACCUUCGUGGUAGAAGAGGCACGUGGUGCGAUCCAGAUUGCGAAGUCCUUAGGCUCUCGCUUCAUUUUUGUAUCGAUGAACAGCCAGAUGAGCAACGAGUUCGUGCCCGUCAUGGUAUCUGAAGGGAUGUUUGAACCUGGCUGGCAAGUCUUGGGCUCUGAAGCUCUUACUCCGUAUGGCCCGGCCGUCACAGAGGCGGAUCUACCAAUUGGCUUCAUGCGCUGGAAUCCCGUGAGCCGAGGCUCCAAAUUUCCUGCUUUUUCGAGCAUGUGGAGCAAACUGACGGAGAAUGAUGUGAUGUCUGCCACUGCAAGGGCCCGCUACAAGUACGACAACUUCAAGGUGCCCUUGUCAUCAGCCACCGUGCCUGCGGUGACCGAUGCCAACUUCGCUAAUGGGGACCUGCCAUCCUACGACAGCUUCCUGUUCGAUGCAUGCUACACCUUCGUCUUUGCGAUCAAUACCUUGCUGCACGCCGGAACUGCCUUGGCAGACAUCAAAGAGCAGACGCUUCUGGACCAGGUGAAAAUCACACAGUUCGAAGGCAUUUCAGGACCAGUGAGUUUCAAUGCCAACGGGGAUCGCUUGGCGUCCUAUGAGCUCUUGAACCAGCGACCGGACGGAUCGGGUGGCAAGGUUCUGGAAAUGGCUGGCAUGUUCAGUGCAACAAACGGUGAGUUGACCAUCCUAAGUUCCGGACUCUACUGGAUGGAUGGACAGAUUUGGCCGAAGCCUCCGGCUGCCCUCACAAACUGCGAUCCUGGCUUCUACAAGGAGGAGAUUUCAGGCCAGUGCAAAGCUUGUCCUCGAGGCUUCAAAUGUCCAGGUGGUGCAUUGCCAUACCAGCAAUGUGGACGAGGUUACUUUGCCAAUGAAACUGGGAUGGUCGAGUGCCGCCCUUGUGCCGCUGGAAACUUUGCUGCAGAGGUGGGCUCUGCCGAAUGUGGUCAGUGCCUCGCGGGCUUCUACACGGACUUGGAGGGGCAGGAGGCAUGCAUGAAGUGCCCCAAGGGUACCUAUAUGCCAAACAAGGAAGCGACCCAGUGCAUUCCGUGCGGCAUGGGCCAAGUGACUGAAGAAAGUGGUUCGCAGUCACAGAUGGACUGCAGAUGCGCCGAAGGAACCUUCAUGUGCAAUUCUUCGAGCACUGUGGGCUGCCAGCCGUGUCCAGAGGGGCUGUCUUGUGCAGCAGGAUUGGACCCACCAACACAACAACCUGGCUUUUGGACGUUCGGAGAUCAAGAGUGUAGCUUCGAGGUCAUUCGCUGCCGAGACACUCUGGAAUGCCCUGGAAGUUCCUUGAGCACUUGUGCUUCGGGCCGUCAAGGCAUCGCUUGCAACAACUGUGCGGAGGGGUAUUAUCCGCUGGAUGACGGAACCUGUUCGCAAUGUGGACCCGGAGAUUCCUUGCCUGCUCUCUUCACCGGGAUCUUCGCAGUCAUUGUGAUCAUCGCUUUGCUUUCCUCGGUGAAUGCUGACCUGAAUCAGC